CGACCACGGCGUCGCGUCGCGUCGCGUCGCGUCACGCACCCACCGCCACCGACGCGGCACACGGCGUUGCCCUGGGAGCUUUUUCUCGUUGAAAUCUCUGGUCUCCGCCCUGUCGCCUUCCCCUCGAUUAAUUUGGCCCGUCGCUCGGUCGUGCGGCUACCACCUCACCUCGCCUCGCCUCGCCUCGCCUCAGAGUGUGCUGCGUCAGCCAGCCGGAGCCGGGCACGCGCAAAAGUCGAAAGCUCCUCUCCUCCCGUCUUCCGGCAGCGAUCUUGGCCUGUGAUGCACCACUACUAGCCCCGAAGAACGACAAGCUAUAUCAUGCGUCCGCGGGUGGAAGAUCCGGCCUCCCCGCUCUGAGGCGCGGCCCAGCCCUGUCCCAAGGGGUGCUUUAAUGCUCCGGUCGUACCUAAUUCAGAAGGUCAGAAUAUCUUGGCUCCCAUCCUUCCAAUCGGUCACACCUUCAAGGGCAUUCGCUUUCGCAGUUGCCGUGACUGGAAAAGAACAAAGGAAGUUUGAACCUGAUCUUCUGAGGAUUGUUGCUGCUUCUCCGCGAGGGAACAUUGAUUUCCUUCAGGAUCGGCAGCCGCUGCAGGAGGAGGCACAGCGAAGGGAAGGGAGGUGGCGGUGGGGCUCCUCAUUACGGCCUUUUCCCUAGCAGCACAGCCCACUCCAGCAGGGGAAAGCAAAGGAGCGGCACGCCAUCGCCAUGGCAGAGGAGAAGAAGAAGCACAAGCACAUCAAGCACAAGGAGAAGAAGGACAAGGUCGGCGGCGCGGCGGCGGCGGCGGAGGCGAGCUUCAAGCCGUGCGGCGACGUGAAGGGCAUCCGCUUCGGCGGGCAGUUCAUCGUCAAGUCGUUCACGGUGCGUCGCGCGUCGCCGCUGGAGCUGCUCCGGCUGCUGGACAUCCCGCCGUCGUUCCUGAGCGAGCUGCAGAGCCUGCCGUUCCCGUCCACCACCGCCUACAUGCCCACCAGCUUCACCAUCCUGGCGCACCAGGCGUGGCACACGCUCACGCUCGGCCUGGGCACCAAGAAGUCCAAGGUGGUGCUCUUCGUGUUCGAGUCGGAGGUCAUGAAGGCGGCCGUGGACCAGCUGUGGCCGGCCAUGAUCCCGCUCGGGGACGUGAACAAGAAGCUCAUCCGCGGCCUCACCGGCAGCGAGAUGGCGCGCUUCAAGUUCAGGAAGGGGUGCCUCACCAUCUACGUCUACGCCGUGCGCCGGCUGGGUGCCGCCGGCUUCGUGCGCGCCGACGACCUCCGGAGGAUACUGCAGGCCGUGGUGGAGCUCAAGGACUUCUUGGACCACACCGCCAUGCUCGCCAUGCCCAGCCAGAGGAGCAUCACCUUGCAGUCCCGGGGCACCGUGGCCCAAUGAUCCUCCCUCCGAUCGAUGGCCUCUUGCUCGAUCCAUUUCUGCAGUGCAGGUACUGUUAUUAUUGGCUCGCAAUUCGCAAAGAAAUGUCUGAUUCUUUUGGGUUGGAUUAGUUUGUUCGUUCACUGUCGGUGUUCCCCUCCCCUGCCGGGAGCUGUAUAGAUCUAUAUAUGUCGAGCAAAAUCUUUGAAACAGAUUAAGCAUAGAGAUUUUCCCAAAGGAAAGGAUCUUACUCCACUUUUAGUAUACUCCUGCCUCUGAAAUUAUCCUUCAUCAAUGAAGAAGCCAUCUGUUCUGUUCAUUGAGAGGCAUUUUCA